AUGGAAGCCCACGCCCAGCCACAACGGUCGCGCAAGCGCCCCUCUCGCACGACCCGCGUCCCUGACGCCGGAAAUGGUGCCAGCGCUGCUGCUGGCGCACAGGGCCCUGGAGUGCCAGUUCCAGUCCCGGUGAGCCAAGGUUGGGGCCAGCACCCCGUCCAGAGCCAGCACCAGCACACUGUGCAGCAGGUCCAGCACCCGUCGCAGCACGGUGUCCCUCAGCACUCGCAGCACGCCCACCAAACCCACCAGGUCCAGCAGCCACACCCCGGUGCUCACCCACACCAAGCCCAUCACCAGCAGGUCCAGGUGCAGCACCAGCACCAGCACCAGCAUCCGCAGGCCGUGCGCGCCCACCCCGACACGGUGUCUGCUCAACCUCCCACCUUUGCAUCGCAACAGCUCGACACCAGAUCCCACCAGGUCCCGGCCGACACUGACGGCUUGAUGAACGGCUACAACGCUCCUCAACACCAGCAGUACCCCGAUCCUCCCCCGUCUUCUCUCGCACCUGCCCCCCAGCCUGACAACUCCGGCCUCACCUCGCUCAGCAACCUGACCGGCGAUAACGGUGCCAGCCAUCAGCAACACCAUCAGCAGCGUUCCCAGCAUCAGCAGCUCCAGCUCCAGCACCACGCCCAGCAACAACAGCAGCAACAACAACAACAGGUACAACAACAGCAGGCCCAACAGGCCCAACAGCAGCAGCAGCGCUCGUCUGUUGCCCCGUCGAGUACUACGGAUCGCGUCAACUUCAACACGUACCCCAACCACUCCGCUCCAAACGACUCAUCCCCCUCCCCUGUCACCGUGGCCACCUCCAGCGCCGGCUACAACAACCUGUCCGGGUGGACGCAACCCGUGACGAACUCGACCGCGCAGUCCACCAUGCCGCCCCCUUCACCCGCGCCCGCGUUGGCCCCGCCACCCGAGGGUAUUUAUCGCACCUUUGAGGAUUUGCUGGCCUCGGUUCAAAAGGUUGCAAAGGAUCAGGGUUACGGAGUUGUCAAGCUGCGUGCCAGCAACUACCGUGAGGGCAAACCGACGCGUUACGACCUCGUGUGUGACCGCGGCGGCGUCAAGUACAGCAGCACCGCGAAGAAGCGCAAUCCCAGCACUCGCAAGGUUGAUUGCCCAUGGCGCGCGAAGGCGGUUUGUGAAGUCAAUCUGGGCAACCAGUGGCGAUUUGCGGUUCAGGAGGCCCGUCACAACCAUGAGCCGCGCAUACCCGCCGCUGUGCCGGGACAGGAAAACACCCCCAUCGCACAAAGCAUCCGCAGCAUCACCAACAAGAUUGACCGGUUGCAGCACGAUCAGACUACGAGCUUUCAGAGGCUGGAGGCCAAUGUCUCUACCAUCCUGGCGCGAAUCGACAAUAUGGAGAAGCGACUCGACGCGAUAGAAAGUGGCCGCCCAUCGAUGCUUGGAGGCAACGGUGUGCCCUCGAUGGGCACCCCAAGCAUGCCUACGGCUAAUAUGGGAGGCGGAAAUCUUGGUAAUGGGCCCAUGACGAACGGUGGUAUGAGCGGCGGCCACAUUGUUGACACUCGGUUGAACAGUAUGGAAGCUCGAAUGAACGCCAUGGAGCAGCGCGGCAACCCGAUGGACGGCCUGCCCAUGAUGGACGACGACACAGGCCGCCUGGCUAUGAAUCAAAUGAUGGUUUCUACGUAG